UCUCCCAUCAAAUUUUCACUCCAUGGAUUCUGCUCCAGAAUUCCAACAAAACAGGAUUCCAGUUUACGGCCUCCCCACUGAAUUCUUGCAGCCAGCUCUGCCACCGCCGGCGAAUUUAUAUCCUCUUACGCCUCUUACCUGCAGUAACCACGCAAUGGGAGCAAUGAAGGAGAUUAUAUAUGGCCUGGCGGCGCUGCAGCCGGUGCAAAUCAAUCUGGAUCUAGUGAAGGUGCGGCCACGGCGCAAUGUGAGGAUAUCGAAAGAUCCGCAGAGCGUGGCAGCGAGGCAGAGGAGGGAGCGUAUUGGCGAGCGGAUCCGGAUACUGCAGCAACUGGUGCCUGGGGGAACCAAGAUGGACACAGCAUCAAUGCUCGACGAAGCCAUUUGUUAUCUUAAGUUUCUCAAGGCGCAGGUGAGAAAAAUGGAGACGACCACCGCCGGAGGACAGAGGCGGGCCGCCGUGGCAAUUGCAGGUGGACAGGGACUGCGGUCGUAG